AUGCACCUCAAGGACGACGUCCUGCAGGCGAUGGGGAUGGGGAAGGUCUUCAAGGACGCCACGGCCGCGAUCAACGCCCUCGACUUCCACCGCACCGAGGACCUCCUGGUCACCUCCGGCGACGACGACCAGGUGUGUCUGUACAACGUGGAGACGGGGCGGCGGGAGUGCGUGGUGCACUCGCGCAAGUACGGCGCGGGCAACAUCUGCUUCACGCACCACCCGGGCACGGUGGUGUACUCGUCGCGGAAGGGCCCGAACCACGCGGUGCGGUACCACGCGCUGCACGACAACCGCUACCUGCGGUACUUCGACCGGCACGAGGACACCGUGCGGUCGCUCGCGGUGUCCCCGAUCAACGACCUGCUCAUCUCCUGCGGCGCGGACAACAAGGUCUACCUCUGGGACCUCCGCAGCCCCACCGCGCAGGGCGUCAUGGGCACCAAGAACGACCCCUGCGCCGCCUUCGACGAACAGGGGCUCAUCUUCGCCGUCGCCACCGCGUCGGGGCUCGUGAAGAUGUACGACAUGCGCAAGUACCAGCACGGCGAGUUCGAGCGCUUCCACAUUGCCGACGCCGACGGCGCGGAGCCCACCAUCGCGUCGCUGCGGUUCUCGCUCGACGGGAAACGCAUGCUCGCCGUCGGCGGCGGCGCGGUGUACGUCCUCGACGCCUUCGACGGCAGCCAGCUGUGCCGCGUGGCUACUGGCGACGGUGGGCCCGGGUCGCACGGCACGACCGGCGCGGGCGCUCCGACCCCGGCGCACCACCGCCCUCUCGGCGCGUGCUUCACGCCCGACGGGCGGUGCGUCAUGACGGGCUGCGAGGACCGCAGCAUCCGCGUGUACGAGAUCGAGGAGGGCGGCAAGGUCGACGCGCCGCGGGAGGUGGCGUGCUGGCCCGGGCACGCGGGCCGCCCGACGUGCGUGCGCUUUGCCCCGCGCAGACUGCUCGCGGCCUCCGCGUGCCAGGGGCUCGCGCUGUGGGUGCCGGACCUGUCGAAAUGCGGCACGGACCUCUUCGCGGAGUAG